GGCGCGGCUAAAAAGUCUUCGUAUCAACUAGGUAUGUAUGUAGCGUGUCAACGUCUCCAUACUGCACGAAGCCUCGAUGCCAGUGUGCCUUCAGAAUGCAACAAUGAAGAGAGUUUUCCGCCGCAACGGUCAGAUUGCUCCUCCUUCACUGGCUCACUCGCGACGUCUCCAUCAGCAGCGGAGAGGCUUCGCAGAUGUCGUUCAUGAUACCAAACCUUAUGAUGUUGUCGUGAUAGGCGGUGGUCAUGCUGGCUCGGAGGCUUGUGCUGGUGCCGCCCGAGCGGGUGCAAGAACUGCCCUCGUUACCCCAAAGCUCGACAAUAUAGGAGUUUGUUCCUGCAAUCCAAGCUUUGGUGGUAUCGGGAAAGGAACAAUGCUAAGGGAGAUUGAUGCUUUGGAUGGUGUAGCAGGCCGUAUCAUUGACAAGGCGGGCGUGCAAUUCAGAGUCUUGAACCGCAGGAAAGGUCCAGCUGUUUGGGGACCUCGUGCACAAAUCGACCGCCAACUCUACAAAAAACACAUGAGAGAAGAAUUGUCAUCGUACCCUAAUCUCUCAAUAGUUCCUGGAAGUGCUGCAGAUAUCAUUGUUGUCCAUGAGGAUGGAUAUAAGGCAGGUGGGAGGAAAAUAACAGGCGUCCGCCUCGAAUCUGGAGAAAUAAUACCCACGAAUCGCGUGGUUAUCACAACAGGUACUUUUCUGGGUGGAGAGAUACACAUCGGUCUUGAGUGUCAUCCUGCUGGACGGAUGGGCGAAGCUGCGACUUUUGGACUCAGCAAGUCCUUGAGAGAUGCAGGCUUUCAACUUGGUAGAUUGAAGACUGGCACCCCCCCGCGCCUCGCCAGAGACACAAUUGACUUCGGCGUUCUUGAAGCUCAACAGGGCGAUGACCCACCCACACCCUUCAGUUACCUCAAUAACACGGUUGCAGUCCAAGAGCAGAUGCUUUGUUAUGCAACGUAUACGAACGAAGGCACUCAUGAUGUUGUCAGAGCCAACUUGGACAAAUCAAUACAUAUUCGAGAAAGUGUCAAAGGUCCAAGGUAUUGCCCGUCGCUGGAGUCAAAAGUCAUACGGUUUGCCGACAAACAAAAGCAUAUCGUCUGGUUAGAGCCUGAAGGCUUCAACAGCGACGUAAUCUAUCCCAAUGGGCUCUCAAUGACGAUACCCGCUGAAGCACAGGAGCAACUCUUGAGGACGAUUAAAGGAUUGGAGAAUGUCACAAUGCUCCAGGCCGGAUAUGGAGUGGAGUAUGACUAUGUUGAUCCGCGGAGCCUGAAGUCUACCUUGGAAACUAAGGCGAUCGGAGGACUUUAUCUGGCUGGGCAGAUAAAUGGCACUACAGGCUAUGAAGAAGCUGCUGCCCAGGGUAUCAUUGCGGGAGUUAAUGCAGGGUUGGCAGCACAAUCGAAACCUCCCAUUAUGUUAUCUAGAAGCGAUGGCUACAUAGGGAUCAUGAUUGAUGAUCUAAUCACCAAAGGAGUAUCGGAGCCAUAUCGCAUGUUCACCUCAAGGAGCGAAUAUCGAAUGAGUGCGAGGGCAGACAAUGCGGACCUUCGACUUACCACAAAGGGACGAGAAGCUGGCAUUGUUGGUGAUACCAGGUGGUCAAGCUUUCUUGAUGAGGUGGCACAGAUGGAUGCUCUCAAGGCUUCCCUACUCGCCAAAGUGGCUAGUCCUCCGACCUGGAUCAAAGAUGGUUUCAGGGUUGGCAACGACUCAACAAGGAGGAGCGCUUUUGAUGUUCUCCGCCUAGCUGAUGUUACUGUUACCGAUUUAGCACCUUUGGUGCCAGAAGUCAUGACACAUUCUACUCGCAUUCGGGAUAGAGUGGGAAUAGAGGCCGUGUAUGCACCAUAUGUGCAGCAGCAGGCCGCAGCUAUGAAGGUUUUCCAAAAGGACGAAAGCUUGAAGCUACCACUUGAUCUAAACUAUGACCAGAUUCACGGGCUCUCGAUGCAUGAAAAGGCGAUACUGAACGAAACAAGGCCUGAAUCUGUGGGGCAGGCAAGAAGAAUCGAGGGUAUGACACCUUCCGGAACUUUGAGGUUGUUAGCAUAUGUUCAAACCCGGCAUCGCACUGCUGCAAGGGCUGCGGUAUUCGACGAGGUUGCAGCACGGAAAAAGGUGUAUAUGGUCAGCUGAUUCGAAAGCUGAUCUUUUUGCUGGCAUAGAGGACUAUGUAUACUACGGCGUUAAUAUGUACAACAGCAUAUGAAGUAGUCUACGGACGGACGGUGAUGAUUAUACCCGGACUAUGCGGAUUCGGACGAUUGAUACUCUUGAAUGAAAGGCUUCUUCGCUAGCAAAUACAAGCCAUGCGGAGUAAGUUCCCUUACUAUCUACAGUUCAAUUUGUGUUGUGUUGUGUUUUACAAGUGGCAUAUAGUCCAGCGUAGCACCAAACAUUAAUCAAUUUCGUUUUUCCUUCCUUCUCUUCUGUUCAGAUGAGUAUCUCAUGCCGUGAG